CUAAAACCCCAUAUGGAUUUAUCCGCUUUAUAGCUUAAUUUUCUCUAGUUUCCCUCAGCUUAGCUUUGUAUGUUGGAUACAAAAAUGUUUUGUCACUUCCCUGCUUCUUUUUCUUCAAUUUGCAUGGCUUUUCGUGCAAAUUAAGAGUUUUUUUUGGUUGUUUUACCGGAGCUGCUAAAUUUGAGUUUUCAAGAACUUCCCAUUAGAAAAAUGAAAUGGGUUGUGUUUGCAAAUUCGAAAACAAGAGAUUGAUCUAAAAUUCUCGUCAAGGCUUCCCCUUUUUGGUGGUUUUGUAAGAAUGAACUUAUUUUGGCUGCAUAUGUAGCAUGGCACCUGCUCAACAUAUAGGACAGACAGCUUUAGAUAGGAAACCAAAUUUUUCUGUUAAAAUUGCUGCUUCUGGUAAAACGAACACUUUACCAUAUAAUUCCGAGAAGAAAGGUUUCAACUAUAGAUAUAACAUUGUUCAAAUGGAAAGUACCUUGAAUGCACGGACUACUAAAGCUUCAAACAGUGCCACGGAUGUGGCUGUCGAUGUAACUGGGUUUGCAAGAAGCAGCGACAUCAGAUUAGCUACGAAGGAAGAUCCUGAUGAAACUGAAUACUCGAGCUCAUUUGCUGACACUACAUCUGGAAAUGAUAAUGGUUCUGGGCCAAGUGAUGCCGAAGUGGAGUCACGAUUCUAUGAUGAUAGUGGCUUGGUAUCUUCAUUCGACGGAUUUGGCAGCUUGUUUCCAAUAAGGAAGAAAAAGUUAACUGCUCACUGGAGAGACUUUAUACGUCCCAUAAUGUGGCGGUGUAAAUGGGCAGAACUCAAGAUCAAAGAGCUUCAGUUGCAGGCAGCAAGGUACAACAGAGAGAUAUCAGCGCUUGAUGGGAAAAAACAUCGGGCAUUAGAUCAAGCUACUUUGGAAGAGUCAGGCUCGAAAUCAUUGCCAUUUAUUUAUCCAAGGCUCAGGAAAAAGGCCAUGAAGAGGAGAAAGAGGAAAAGAGUUGAGGAUGGAACAGAUAUUGCAGCACAAAUGUCCACUCAUAACCUUUUCUCUUAUUUUGAAAAUAAAAAGCUGGAUUUGGAUGGUACACCAGCUGGAGAUGAUAUUAGUAAUGCAGCACUGGCAGAACAGAAAUCCAAUGGCCAUGAUGAGUUUGGUAAUGAUGAUGAUUUGUCAAUUCUGGAAAGCAGCAAUAGUUUUCUAGAGCAGAUCCUUCGCAAAAUUGAACUUGUACAUAGUCGGGUUCAUAAGUUGAAGGACCAACUUGAUACAGUGAUGACGAAAAAUGCAAUAAAGUUUUCUUCCUCUGAGAAUCUGAUGUCAAUUGAUGGACAGGCUAGCUCUAUUCGUAGCCCUACAUUCUCGGCAUGCAAUGGAGACACAAUAUCAGCUGGAGGUUUAUAUGCAACAUCUCAGCACAUGGUAGAUUAUGAUCUUGGAGAUUUUGUCAUGCCUGACAGUACAAUGUCAAGCUAUGGAGAGGCUAUGCCUAUUCCUGACAUUAUUGAAAGUACAGUAGGACUUUUAUCCUCUGUGGAUGUCACGCAGCAGCAGGCACAAGUCGGAGAUUCAAGCGAAAGAAUUGUUGAUAACAUUCUCAUACAUAAUGAAGUAGGACACAUUUUGACGAUGACUCCUGACAAAUCCUUGGAGAAGCAUCAAGAUGUGAGAAAUAAUGUGGAAGAAGAAAGCUCUAAUCCACCGCCCCCUGCAUCAGAUCCUAAUGCGGCAGUUAAAGCAUCCACAUCUCAGAAGAAUCCACCUCCCCCUGCAUCAGAAUCUAAUGCAGCAGUUAAAGCAUCGACAUCUCAAGAGCAAUCAACAUUUAAGUCGAGCUUAGCCUCGGAUAUCCGUUUUCCCAGAAACAAAAGAAAGCGAGGAGAACGUAAAGCCGGUUCAGUUGGUUGGAAUCGUAAAAUGCCGGGUGAACUUAAUAGCCAGUGACUCUUAUAUAUAGAACAUGUUUUGACUUAAAGCAAGUGGGUAUUACGCACUUGCUGAACUGCUCAAAAUAGUCUGCUCAUUUGGGAUCUUUCUUAUUGCAAUACUUGUGGACUUUUAAUUUUGAGGAUGCCAUACUCUAAUAGUAGUCAGGUAGAGCUGAAGUGGUUUGAGUAUCACGAUAGGUAGGGUAACCUUUGUAGAUCAGAUAAUGUAUCUUUUACCAUUCGCACUGCUAAUCAAUUGAACACCCUUUUGAAGCAAGUAGAAA